GAAAGAAUGGAGGAAUUUGCAUCUUUAUGGAGUUAUCAGGAGAACAUUGAUGAACUCAAGCAGAAGCUUUUGUACACAACACUUGAACUAGAAGCAGUGAAGGCGGAAACAGAUGAAGAAAUGAAAAGAAAUAUGGAAUCGACGAAACAAUUAUUACAACUUCUAAAGCUAGCUUGCCAAGAAAGAGAUGAAGCAAAAGAUCAACUUCAAAAGCUACUCAUCAAGAUUGUGCCCACAAAUGACCAACAAUUCUUCAACCCCACGAACCCAUCGAUUCCUAAUUGUUUCACGAACGAUCAACUUCAACAAAUUCAUCAAGGGAAUCCAUUGAUGCCUGCUAAAGCGAAUUCGAGUAUCACUGAAUCAAACAGUCUUUCUGAUGCCUAUAAUCAUAGCUCGUCGCCCGUUGACUCGCUUUUCGAUCCCAUUUCGUCUCCUGAGUUUUCCAACAUCAAUCUUGAAACCCCUUUUGUUCAAGAUUACCAUCAGAAUGGCGUAUUAUCACCAAAAGUGGAUCAGGCUACUUUGGUGAUGGAGGGUAUGAUAAAAGGUAAGAACUUGCCACAAAAGGGAAACUUACUCCAAGCAGUAAUGGAAGCAGGCCCACUUCUGCAAACGUUGUUGGUGGCGGGCCCGCUUCCCAGGUGGCGGAAUCCGCCGCCACUUCAGGCGUUCAACAUUCCACCGAUGACAGCUGCGAUGGAUCAAAUCAGUGUAGCCCAGAAACAGACCAUGAGUGGCUCAAAUUGCUUGGUUAGAUCACCAACAAUGGUAUUUAAACAACCACAACCCUAUGUAGAAAUGGGCUGCGGGAGUUCUUCUCAGAUGAUGGCGGCCGGUGGCGGCGGUGGCGGCGGCGGUGGUGGUUGUUUGAGUUUUGGUGAUGUUAAUUUUGGUAGCAAUAGUCAAGGGAGGAUGGUUUCAGCUUGUCCUGGUGGUAGUAAUUUAGGGACAAUUGGAAAGAGGCAAAGGUUACAUUAAGAUCCCAGAUUUUAUUUUUGUUUUUUUUGUAAAGAUUUCUGAUAUAUAAUGGGUGUAUAUGGUUAACGGUGGAUAUCUUGUUUUUGGGAUUUUUAUUU